AUGCUAUUUAAAAUUGACUGCUCAACUAUUGAAUUAAGCAAAAGGAUUCUGAUUACCAACAUUGCUCAAUUCCCAAUUUUGGUAAGAAUAUUAGACCACAAUGCCUAUAACUUUAUCCCAAAUUUCUCAUUACUAAAAAGAGAUGAAUGUAAAUAUUUCCAGAUACUGAAAAAAUAAAAUUUCAAUGAUUAUCGAGAUAUUAUUAUCGAUGCAAUUGAGUUUGAUGAAAGCAAAAUUGAUUCUUUCGUAAUUUGAUUAUACUCUAAUUGUAAGUCUGUUCCACCGUUUUGGAACGAAAAAGUACAAGGUUGCCUGUAGACAUAAUCUCUCUCUCUGCCUGCUGCUUCUAAUGAAAACAGAUCUAAUUCUUUCAUCUCAUAUGAAAGGUUGCCAUCCAUCAAUCAGACUUUUUUAGAUUAGAAGGUAGGAUAAAUUAAUAAUGACAUUCCUAUUAAAUUCAAUUCUCAAACUCUUAAAUAGAAAGGUUCUAACAAUGAAAGCGAUUCAUAAAUCUAUUAACAAAGAUUAAAUUCCUUAUAGUCUUAACAAUUUAACAACUCAAUACGGAUGGGAGAGGACAAUAAAUUUCAAUAAAUUAUAAAUCCUCAAAUAUUAAGAAAUUCAACCAAUAGUUUUGAAUCAUAUCAUUAAAAUCAAACGAAAACUGUUCAACAACCAAUAAUUUCUAUGCCAAAUGAUCUCAAUUAAUUUUUAGAUCAAAUAGAUUAAUACACUAGUCCCUUUUAACAUUUAACUCCCUCUUAGUAACAAUCUUAAACUCCUUCCCAAAAAAACAUUAGUGACAAUGCAUAGCAAGAAUUGAGUUUAAGUGAUACUACUUCCAUUUAGAGAUUUGAACAACGAAAACAAUCCUACUUAUAGUAAAGCAAAUCUUAAUUUAAUGAGAAACCUAAAUUAAGAGUCUCUUAAACUUUGAUAACGCAUUAAAAAUCAGGCAUUGAAAGUUAGAAACAUUUUGACAAAAAUAAGGAGAUUGAAUCUUAAAUCUAAAAAUAAAUUGUAAAUUAUCAUCUUUAUUAUUACAAUUUUAGGCAGAAUUGAGAAUUAGUAAAGAUACCCUUUCAACUGAAUUGUAGUAAUUGAAAUUUAAAGCUAUGUUUCAUACAAAAAACAAACAAUCAACUUAUCAGUAUGAUAUAUACAUAUGGCAUUUGCUCUUAACUAGUGUUGUAUUUCUUAUUAUAGGGAGUGUUCUAAAAAAAAUGUUCUCACAAUUUUGA